AUGUGGCCACAGAAGGACGGUGUCGGGACUAGAAUAAGCUAUGGAGUUAACGGAAAUGCAUUGAUCCAAGCGAAAUCCACAAAGAACGAAGGAGAUGAUAGAGGAAAAAAGGAGGAAAUAGACUACAGUGGUGAUACAAGAAAUGCUUUCUCAUCACCUAUAUUUCCAAGACAACAAUAUGGUGCAAGAGCUUUUUCGAUGCAGGCUGGAAGUCUCGAAACCACCAUUGAUACUACCAAAUUGAGCACAUAUGAUGCUUUGCCAAAUAAUUCCAGUCUAUCCAUGAAAUUGCAGACGGGACUUGUACCUAGAAAUAUGUUGUCUUCUUUAUCCGUGGAAUCACGAGCGUUCGAUACAAAAAAGACCUACAUACCAAAUACUGGGGAGACACUCAAUAUUUUACAAUUUUAUUUGAGAAACAGCAGUCAAAGUAUAAAGGCUUCAGUAUAUGCUACUGGCGAAACAUCCUCGACUAUGCGAAUAUCAACCAUCAAGGAGGACAAUACUCAUUCAUUUUCAUUAGAUAUGGACUUUCGAGAAAACAUUGAACAGAUUGAGGUAUCACAAUGUAAACCAAAGGGUAAGGAAAACCUCGUGCUAGUGAAGACGACCAAUCGAGUUUAUCUAUGUUUGUGUAAAGUGAGAGAAGGGAAUAGUCACCACCGUCAUAAACAUUUAAAAUUAAAAGUCAAUAUUCUUCAGGACAUGAAGUUGCAGUCACCACAGUCUCAUUUGACUUUUUGCAAACGAAAUUGCCGGAAAUUUGCUUCAAUUGAUCACAAGGGACUUUUCACAGUCUAUCAAGUUAGUGAUGACCUUAGUGAUUUCCAAAAGACAUUUGAAGUGCUGCUAGAUUUGGCAAAUAUUGAAACCAAUGGGACUAUGUCAAGCUGGAUCAAUCUUUGUUGGCCAAAAGAUAAAAAGAGAGUUUUAAUUUCAACACGUACAAAUGUUUACGAAUUUGAUUGGAAAAGCUCACACAGUUUUAGGACCUUAAUAACAUCAAAUACAUGGUCAAGAAUUCAUGGUAUAUGCAGCACAACAAAGUUUGUCUUUAUCCUUACAUCAAAAGAGUUAAUUUGGGUGAGUUAUCGCAAACGUUUCCAAAGAUUACUUUCAUGGAAGCAUUACUUAAUGGAAUCCGACCCUACAAAAAGAAUGACAUUGUUGGAAAAUGGCGACAAUUUUCAUAUAUUUUUGACUAGUCAGAUCAGUCCUAUUAUUAUAGUGUAUACAUUUGGAUUAAUUGCUGGAAGGCCGUGUAGUCUAGUUGAUCCGUAUUUGAUUGAUAUUGGGGCUCGUCUGACUAGGCAAUUAAAGUGUAUAUGGAACAACGAGAAGAAAACGGAAAUUUUGUUGUUACACACACUGGUUGACAAUACGAUGAGUACAUGUUUGCUUACCUCGGAAGAUUUUGAUAAUAGUACAAUGCAGACAGUCCCAAACUCAACUAGCUCGCCGAACUCGCCAAUGUCUUUUAUUCUAAAAGAUAAUUCUCGAAUAGACAUUGGUCUUUUCAAGAAAACAUUCACCAAUAUAAAGACACUGUCUAUAAAGCAAAAUUCUGCAGAGGCUUCUGCAAGUACAACUCAGUCAAUUGAAACGAAAAUGAUAUUUGAAAUACAACAACUACCGUCUACCUCGUCUCAUGGCACAUACUCUUCCAUAUUUUACCAGUUGAAAUCAGUUCCUUUCCACAUAAACUAUUUACCUUCCUUCGAUAAAUUAAUAGAGAGUCUCAACAACGGCUCACAAGACGGACUUGUUGACGGACAACGUUCUUUUAGAUUCAAGAAUUUCAUAUACACAGCACUCGAAACACGAGGUGCAAAAUCUAGAGCAGGACCACAAGAGACGAAAUCGUUCCUGGACUUGUUCCAUUCAAUGACGAGUACUAAUUCCGACACAGAUCACCAAGCUCAAAAAGCAGAGACAGCCAUUUGUCUAGGUACUUCUUUAAUCAAAUACCGCGAUGCUGAGCAGCCUAAGCUUGAAAUUGAGUUUCAAGAAACUAAAAACAAUUCAAACCAACAAGUACAAUUGAUUCUCGAUGCAUGGGAUGAACCAGUUGACCAAGUUCAAGAGAGUCCUGUUAAACGAAGAAAGAUGUUAUCAACAGGGGUUACAGACAGUGUGCCCGUUCUAAGGGCAAGUCAAACUGUUACCCAGCAUAAUCUUUAUUCUUCUCAAUCUUUUCAAGACACAUAUUUCACACAAUCUCAGCCUUUAUCACUGCAGGAAAAGCACGAAAAUUCUCAGUCCAAAUUUGGUCUAUCUCAAAGGUCAUCUCAGCGACCUUCACAAGCUUCUAGCCAAAGAUCGAUCAAGAAGAAAAAGAAAAAGAAAGGUGGGUUCUAA